AUGAAUAGCUCCCUCAAAAAGUCAGCUUUAGAGAAACAUAACAAUAACGUGACAGUCAUCAACAAAGCAGACGGAGAGGACAAAGAUGAGGUAAUCCGGAAAUUGGUGGACUUGCUCCAGGAACAGGCUGUUGUGAUCAACGAGAAGAUCCACAAAGAUCCCUUUCUCAGGAAUGCGCUCAGUCGAAUGUCGUAUGGCAGCUUCUUUCGACUUGCAGAGGUUUUCACAAGCCAGACAGAGGUUGAGACCAGUGAAGUUGGUGCCAGCACGAGCCCUGAACUGACUAAAAUUGCCAUGACGAUGGAACUGACUAGGAAAGUAGCAGGAAUCAACAGUCAUGCUGUUCACCAACUCAUGGGCUACAGUCUUCAGUAUAUGGACAUGUUUGUACCCUGGCUGCAGAAGCAAGGAGGCUGGGAAAAUAUUGUGUCUCAUGAAGAUAUAUCGGACUUUCAGAUUGAUUAG